UGUUUAGUUUUCCAGCGGCGGCUGAUGAGCGGGGUGGAAAUUGUGUUGGCUAGAGGCUUUCCAGCGGCUGGUAAGUCAAUUAAAAAGCCACUUUGUGUGGGUUCGCUGCUGGCUGCCAUUACCACAACACUUCUACGGCUUCCGCCGGGAAACUGAGUCACGGACACGGCUGCGUCUGCGGGUGCGGGAGCGACUGCGGCGGAGCCCCGGCGAACGGGCCAGUCACCAGCGGAACCGGGGCACUGCGCGCCGCCUCCUGGUCAUGGACUACAUCUUCGAGUGCUUCUUCGACGACACCUUCGAGCAGAUCUCGCGGAACGGGCUGCAGGACCGCCAGUCCCGGCGCGACGUCCUCGACCACCUGAGCUCCAUCAUCAAGGGCUGCAGCGAGGGGCAGAACUCGCAGACGGAGGAGGUGGCCGCCAUCGCGGUGACCGCGGCCAUGAGGUUCCACCGGAUGGCCAAGGAGCAGAACGGAAAGGUCUGCCUUAUGGGCAAGUAUCACAACAUCCUGUACAUCGGCCUGCGCACCUGCUGGGACUGGGGCGUUCGGGACUCGGAGGUGGUCGUUCAGCUGCUGGUGGCCAUUUAUGAGUGCGAGAAGACAUAUGAGCGGAUUUUCCUGGGCGCCCUGUUCGGACCACAUGCUCCGCACUUCAUCGCCGGCUGGCGCAGUGACUUCCAGGAUCAGCACGAGAAUGUCCGGGCGAUGGUUUACUUUCUGAAGCACGCCACACGCGAACAGCUCACAUUGCCCGUCUGGAUUCCGCGUUUCGAGCAGGAGCGACAGCUCAGAUUCAUUGAUGUUCCCAUCGAGUCCUGUGGUAAGUCGUCUCCGCUGCGCAUAGCCCUGCAGGCAAACGCUCCCGAACUGCUGCUCAUACUGCUGAGAUAUGGGGCAGCACCACAGCCGCCGGACGGAGGCGCCUCCGUAAUUAUCGCGCUGCUCGACAAGCUCAUCGAGGAUGGCCGCAAUUACAGCUUCGAACUGGUGAUGUGCCUCAAGAUUCUGUUGCGCAACGUGGCCAUGAUUGAGAUGCCCUUUAAGCCCCUCUUGUACGCCUCCCGAAGAGAGAUGUUCUUCGAUCGCUAUGGCCGCCUGUUGAUGGACAAGAUUAUUGGGAAGGAGCAGGUCUACGGGGUGCCCAGUCUGCGCCAUUUAUGCCGCUGCUGCAUUCGCGAUGUGCUGCGGGAGCACAAUCAACUGCCCAAUGGCAUCGACACGCUGAGGUUGCCCAAGCGCCUGCAACGCUACAUCGAUCUCACGGAGGAGCUGGAGGGGCCUGAGGCCCAGGAGGAUAAGAAGGAUACUGGGGAUAGGGAUCCGCAGGGGGGGAAAUCCCUGCCCAAAUGCAAGCUGGGGAGCGAAGUGCCCCGCCUAGAGACCAUCAGCAGUGCGGGGGAAAGCGAGGACGAGAGUGAGAACCAUGUGCAGCUCCUACAGGCCGUCACGGAUCCGGAAAAGGCUGCUCUGGCGGCCUUCGUGGCCGCUGGCGAUGGAGCCUAUACGGAGGAGGCCAAAAAAGCGGCGGUGGCCGCCUACGUGGCCGCCUGCCCGCCCGAUUUCGAUCCCGAUUUUCCGCCCAUUUCCCUGCCCGGGGAACCCAGAUAGCCAAAAAUCGUGGCCAGGUCUAGCACUCACCGGUAGGUUUCCUCGCUGACAUUGAUGCGACCCGGAACGCCAGUGGUCUCCGUCCGGCUGGUGAGGUUGACCGUAUUUCCAAAGAGACAGUAACGCGGCACUCGGUUGCCAAUCACGCCGGUCACCACUUCGCCGGAAUGGAUGCCUAUGGUGAUUUGCUGAAAAAUUACGGACCAAAGCAAAGAAUUUAUAAUCUUAGAAUUUGUAAGAGCGUUUAUCUAGAAAAUAAAAGGGAGCCUGGCCUUGGCUAAAUUUACAA